GCUGGGCCCCUUCGGCUCCCCAUGCUCAGUGUCCUCUGAGCUGGGCCUGGAGAGGCUGACCAUGUAGCCCUUGCCUUCUCUCUGCUUCUCCCAUGCACUAGGGCUGGCCCACAGAUGGCCCGUGACGGCCAGUGCUCACAGCACUGGAAAUCAGGCCUGGGCGAGUGAGUGGCCCGGAACUGUUGGCAAGGCCGGGUGAAAACUCCCUGCUGACGAGAGCACCCUCCCGGCUGUCCAUGGGCUGUGUUUCAGCCUCACUCGAGCUCUCUAAGUUCUGUAUAAGUUCAGAGUCUGAGAUGCUGGUUAAGUGAAUAAAAGACUGGCAGGGUGAGUGGGCUGGACGAGGAGAGAGAAAAUAAAGAGACCCCCAGGUUCUUUGGAAAACUGCCGGGCUCUGAGCCUGACCCCUCCCAAAUGUCGUUGGAAGUCAGCAUCUACUAGCAGCACCCCCGGCAUCUCGGGGCUGGGAUCGAGCCUUGGGGCGGCGGGGCCGCACCAGUUAUGGGGCAGCAGGGACAGUCGGCUGUGACAACACAACACUCUCAGCCCCUCCAGAGCCGGGGCGCAGCCCCAAGGUCCUGGUCUUUAGAUUUCAUGAGCCUCAAGUCCAAAUCCAGUCGUGCUGUUGGAGCCCGAGCCACUCCCAGCCCUCGGCAGCCUCGGUUUCCUUCCCUGUGAAGUGGGGGCACCGGCCCUGGCUUCGAGGACAGCGGGAAGACCCCAGGAGGGAGCUGCUGUGGCGAUUGCUGUCCGGCCCACCUCCCGGCCACCUCCCUCCUGCCCUGCUCUCACGGCUCUCGCCCAGUGUGACUGGGGGUGGAGAGGGCCGUACCAGUGGCCAUGGACACAGGCCGGGGAGCGGAGCUGAGCCACCCUGGUGACAAGGAAGGGGACCGACAGGUGCUGCUGCAGGAACUCUGCCAGCUGCAGGCUAAGCAGAGGAAACUGAAGAGGGAGGUCGAGAAGCACAGACUCUUUGAAGACUACCUGCUGAAAGUCCUUGAGAGAAUCCCCGAGGGCUGCGGGGAAGCGGAGGACCCCGAGGAGGCCCUGGUGGGGCCCCUGGUGGAGCACUACGAGAAGCUCCUCACGGCCAGCCAGGACGUCAGGAAGCACCUGGAGGCCUUUUCUCAGAUGAGCCAGGCCGUCCACCAGCGCCUGGAGUCUCUAGAGGAGGGCCACCGGGCUCUCAUGCCGAGCCUCAAGAUCCAGCUGUGUCAGCUGCAGAAGAAGUGUCGCCACAGACGGGAGCAGUGGUGGCUGUUGAGACAUGGUGCUCCCUACCAGGACACCAGCUUGGACACACCCACGGACACCAGCAGCUCUAAUGUCCUGGUUCCUCACCAUAACCGGGGCCAACCAUCUGUGCCCUCCUGGCCUCAGGGGCUGCUGGGAGGACUCUUGGAACCAAGGCCCUGGGCACAGAGCCAGCGGGGCACACUCUCCCUGGACAGGAGCCCGCUGCUCAGCUACAUGCAGGAGGCCAUCAACAAGAUGGCCCAGCGGUGCUGCUCCCCUGCCCGGCCGGUGCCCACGAACAUGGGCCUCCUGUCCAAGCUCAACCUGAUCAAGGAGUUUAUGCUGGAUAAAAUGGAGACAAUGAGAUUUAUCUCGCUGCUCAUGGAGCCCAGAGAGUGCUGGUCAGGGGACAGUCCCAAGGACCAGAGGCUCAGAAGAUCCGACAGACCCUCCAGGAAAGGUAUUGUUCACAGUGGCACCCAACUUCCCCGGUACCAAGUUUCUGUCUCAGUUGUUUCCUGCCGCUGUAACAGAAUACCGAAGACUGGGCAAUUUAUAAUGGACAGAAACGUACUUGUUCUGGAGGCUGGGGAGUCCCAGACUGGAGGGCUACAUGUGGCUGUCAUAACAGAGUGGAGAAAGAGAGCCAGAGUGGGGGUGGGGGUGAAGUGGGGGUGCAGUGGGGGUGAGGCCAGUUGCCUAUUAUAGCUGGAUAAUGGCAUUAAACAAUUACCCCCUAAAGGCCCCAUCUCCCAACUUUUUUUUUUUUUUG